AUGGAUAAAAUCGAUUAUUCACAAGUUCGAUUUUCUUUUAUUGGAACAAGAAAACAUCUUUUUAAAGAUAAGAAGUAUUAUGUUUAUGUUUUUGAUGAUUCCUUAUUAAUGGGGAUUGUAAAUAUAAAAUAUAUGUUGCUAGAUUCCAAACUCAUAAAACCCUAAAUACAAAAUCAGAUUAGUAAUCAACGUGAAAUUUAGAUGGACAUUGAAAAAAACUAAGCAAGGUUGGAUAAUAGAAAGUUUUUAUUUUCCUUACAAAAAAAGUGCAAAACCAUUAUUUGGGAGUAAUGAUGAUCUGUAAAGGUAUUAUAUAAUUCAUAUCAUCAUCUAGAUUAAAAGAAUUUACAAAUCUUAAAGUAACCUUUGAAAAUAUGAAUUCAAUAUACUAAUAAUUUUAAUUAAUAGGGCAGGGAAGUACUGGGAAAGUUUUUAGUGCAGUACAUGCAAUUGAAUAAAAGACUUAUGCAAUAAAAUCAAUUAAAAAAUAAUAAAUGAAAUCACAGUUAGACUAAAAUUAAGUUUAAGUUAGAUAUUCUAUUAUUCAAGGCAGCUUUUAAUAUGUAGGUUUCUAUUUUAAAAUUAUUGGCCAAAUAUUCAGAUAAUUUUAUAACCUUAAAAGAAAUCUAUGA